UUCUGUUGUGUAAGCAUGUUCCAAGAUAACUGGAAACUGAUUCUGUUUAUUGUACUUCCGGUGUGUUUGGCUGUUGUGGCGUUUAUUGUGGUCGCCAUUUUGGUGCGGUGUCUUCGAAGACGGAAAGCGGCAAAGCAGGCACGUCGUGUGAUUCCAGAUUUAUGGAUUCACCACAGCCAGGAAUUACCACUCUAUGCUGUAGAAUGUCCCUUGAGUGACCAGCCAAAUGAACAACUUCCAUCUCCAAAAGCUGAUUUGUCAACAAUAUGCGAAGUGCUACAAUCCUAUGUACCCCAGUCCCCUAAGGAACUCCAUCUUGAAAAGGGAGAGUUCUUAAAAGUUGUCGAGAAAGACUGCAAUGGGUGGUGCCGAGGGGUGAUGGGCACGGAUAUUGGAUGGUUUCCAGGCAGUUACGUCAAAGAGAUUAGAACAGCGUCUUUGAUCGAAGCAUCUGAAGAAGAGACCGAGAGAGAGACUCCGACCUUACAAAGACUGAAACCUCGAGUCAGUUCGUUUAUGAUCAAGAAACGAGUCAGCAAAGAUAUACAAGACAACAACUUUCACAUAGAUGACCAACAAAUGUCAAGGUCACAUUCAGAGCUUACAGACACGAUUUCUCUACCUCGAUCUCGAACUUCGACAGCCGGCAGUUCCUCGGUUGGUGAAGCUGAACAUAUACGUUUCCAACAGCGGUCGCCAUCGAUUCUACUGGAUAUUCCUGGAAGACUUCAGAAUGGAUACGCAGAUCAAAGACUGUCUGUUGGUUCAUUGUCGCAGAACCAACGAGACAAUAAUAAUAAUGCUCAGCGUCGAUUAAGCUCUCGUCGUGUGGAACCGCCAUCUUUGUUGCUUCAAAUUCCAAUCCAAGGUAGGACAACACCAUUGCUACGACCAACGCGACCCGCACCGCCUCCGCCACCCAGUCGCAAGCCAAUACGGAGUGUUAGUCCCUCCUCCACAGCCACCUCCCCGUUAACUGAGACAACCCCUAUAACACCGUUAACCCCAACGUUACUACAGACACCAGCUGAAGAAGCUGACGUCAUUGUGACGACAUUAACAUUACCACCAACAAUACCAGCGACCACUCAAUUAGCAACAACCGAAGGAGUAGCAGCAGCAGCAGCAGCAGCAGCAACAGCACCAGCUGCAGCAACAACAAAUCCAGUAAUAAUUGGAAUUGAUGGAAAAGAAGACGCGACAAGAACAACAGCGAUACCACCACCACCACCACCGUUAUCUUCCCUGGAGCCAAACCUAGAAUCGAACCCAGAUAAUCAAUUAGAAUUGACAAAUCAUUUAUCGACACCUUUAAUUCAAUCUCAAGAAAAUGUUCAAAUGCAAUCAAAAAUUGUUAACGAUGUAGCGCCAUCUGGGUCACUAGAAAAUGGCAUCGAACCCCUAACGGAACCACUUCUUCAAGCAGAAACACAAUGUCUACCGCUGUCACACUAUCCGAAUCAACUGCAGACAGAUUCUUGUGAAACAUAAACCACAUAAAAAAUAUCAACCGAAAAGACCUGGAUUACGAGAGCGAAAACACUUCUGAGGGUAGGAAAGGGUGUUAUUUCAUCAUUCCUAAUGUCUUAGUGAUGAGAAUUGAAGAGAGCUCGGAGGCGGGAAACGGUAAAGGAAAGUUUGCCACCGGCUUCAUUGAGUCUCGUUUAAAUAACUACUCGGCGGUGGCAAAGGCUUGAAAUUAUUCAAAACGAGUGACAAAAUGAUUGAUAUAAGAGAGCUGUACAAAGAAUUUGUGUCACACCAGCUAAUACUAUGUAUACG